GCGACAGCCAGCUAGCUACGCAGUUGUUUGUUUUAUCAGAUUUGUUGGAAUUUUCCACUGCGGAGUUAAAUAGAAAUAAAAUUGAGUAAAUGAAAAGCAGAGCAGCCGAGCAGAGGUCGGCAAAGUCCAGCACCAGGACCGAGCUCUAUGUCAUCAGAAAGAGAUUGUAGUCCGGCUCCGUGUAGCAGUUAACGUUAGUUCGUUUGUUUUGAGAUCUUCGAUAGGAGCGGAUGGCGCUAGCAGCAGGCUAAUUGUUAGCAUCAUUAGCGCAGAUUAUCUGUAGUGUUUUGAGUUGAAUAAUCCGGAGUGUGUUUGAUUUGUGUCUCUCUAAUGGAGUAUCUCGGAGGAGGGGCUGUGCUGAGCGGCGGUAACGUCCCGGCCUUUCUCGCCAAACUGUGGAUCCUGGUGGAAGACCCGGACACUGAUCCGCUCAUCUGCUGGAGCCCGAGUGGAACCAGCUUCCAUGUGUUCGAUCAGGGUCGGUUCGCUAAAGAAGUUCUGCCGAAGUUCUUCAAACACAACAACAUGGCCAGCUUCAUCAGACAGCUCAACAUGUAUGGUUUCCGGAAGGUGGUUCACAUUGAGCAGGGCGGUUUGGUGAAACCAGAGAGAGAUGACACAGAGUUCCAACAUCCGUUUUUCGUCAAAGGACAAGAACACCUGCUGGAAAACAUCAAACGCAAAGUCACCAACGUGUCGUCUGUACGUCAGGAGGAAGUGAAGAUGUCUGCAGAUGAAGUGAACAAGAUCCUGAACGAUGUCCAGCUGAUGAAGGGAAAACAGGAAACCAUUGACUCCAAGAUCAUCACAAUGAGACAUGAGAAUGAGGCCUUGUGGAGAGAAGUGGCCAGUCUGAGACAGAAACACGCUCAGCAACAGAAGGUCGUCAACAAGUUGAUCCAGUUCCUGGUGUCUCUUGUCCAGUCUAACAGGAUCCUGGGAGUCAAGAGGAAGAUUCCUCUGAUGCUGAAUGACUCAAGCUCCGCCCACUCCAUGCCCAAAUACAGUCGGCCAUUCUCAUUGGAGCACAUGCCGGCUGCAGCCAGUCUGUUCUCAGCUGACUCCCCGGUGACUUCUGGACCAAUCAUCUCUGACAUCACAGAGGUGGCCACGCCCAUAGAUGAGGAUGUGGCCGGUGAUUGGACAAACACAGGAGAGAGCCAGUCAGUCAGCAUCAAAGAGGAGCCAUCCAGUCCUGACGUGGAAGUGUGUCCUGUUCUGGAGGGCGGUGCUUUACCUGUAGACACGCCCCUCUCCCCCACCACCUUCAUCAACUCCAUCCUACAGGACAACGAGACACAGCUGACCCCAAACACCUCCACCACCAAUCCUACGACAGCCAGCCCCGUCGUUGUGAUGGGACCUGCCUCCACCGGACCCCUCCCACCAGCCCCAACCAGUCAGUCAGCUCCCUCUGUUGUCACCCCACAUCCUUCCCCCAGCCCUGCCAAACCUCCACCAAAGUGUCAGACCAUCGCCUGCAUUGACAAGUCUGAACUGUCCGAGCAUGUGGACAGUGUUGACAACAGUCUGGAGAACCUGCAGAGCAUCCUCAACACACAAACCUUUACCUUCGACACCUCCCCGCUCAUGGAGUUUUUCAGUUCCUCCUGUCCCUCUGGAGACUUUGACCUUGACAGUUUGGACACUUUGCUGUCUGAAGAAGUUCCUAAAGGAAGUGAUGAAAGCAGCAAUCAUACAGGAAAGCAGCUGGUGCAGUACACGGCGACACCCGCCUUGAUGUCCGAACCGAUCAGCGUGGGUGACGGCGGGGCCGACCUGCCGACCCUGCUGGAGCUGGAGGCGGAGCCUUUCUUCAGCGCCGACCUGCCCGCCGAUGACCCGGCCACCGCCCUGCUGAGCCACACCCACCCAGACUCUGACCUCUGACAUCGUCGGGAGAGGGAUCGGCAUCAAAUGUGAUUGAUCAGUCACCAUAGCAACAGGACACUAUGAGCGCUGACUCAGCAACUGCAGUAGUUGAAAAUAAAAUCAAUCGAUCGGCUAUAGAUCAGCGAGUAGGUCAAAGGUCAUGUUUUUAUUAUGCAGAAGUUAUUGAUCACUAUUAACCAGUUUAUAUUUCUGUGUCUUCUUCUACUCUUUUUAUUUUAGCUUUUGUUGUUUCUUUUUCGCUGCUUUGACACUCACUCAGACGCUCUCAGAGAACCAGGGUCACUUCUGGACCCGGUUCAGGCGAGGUCCGAGUUCGCCGUCCAGGUCGACAGGACAGAUCAUGUGACCCAGGUGUUCGCUGUGUUCUGCAUGUUGGUUUGGUCGUCUUUGUGUUCAAGUGUAAAAUAUAGAAAACCAAGAGAAUCGGAAUAUUUUUGGAAAAGUUUAUUAUGAAUGAUAAGUGACCCCUGUUACCAUGGAGAUGGCCUGGAAGCAGAGAGAGACACAUUGGUAUGAUCUGUUAGAUCACUAUUGGUUCUGAUUAAUCAGAUCAGGUAUCAGCCACAAUGUGAUUGAUCCCCAUUAAAAAGCGUUUGUUUAUCAGUGUGUCGGCGUUUUUCUCAUGAAACACGAUGUGAGAUCAGUCUCUUCAGCUGGGACUGAAGCCGUCCCCCACUGUCAGGUCCAGACCUGGACCACAGACUCUACAGGUCUUUCAACUCAUAUCGAGUCUCUGUGGCCUUCAUGAACCCUGUCCUGACUCAGAAACCAGUAGACCAGCACCAGUAGAAACUACACAGUGGAAAUAUUCAACCUGCAGACGUCACCUCGGGAACUGUGGAACAGCAGCUGCAGGUCUCAGAACCAGACGGGUCUCAGGAUCUGGUCUAACAGCAUCCUCCUCAUCGACAAUAAGUUCUUCAACAUGAUCGACAGGAGAUCAAUACUGAAACACUGACCUUUGUUAUCUAUAUUUCUCUCUCUGUUUGACUUCUAUUUUUUUGUCAUUGAACAUUUGAUCAGAGCCGAUCAGCAGAUUCAGCUGCUCUGCAAACAGGAAGCUGCCCUUCAGUAUAAAGGUCUGAUGGCAGAUUUAGUAGACUGUGUUAAUUUCAGCUCAAUGAAACAUGUUGAAUAUUACACUCGGCUGCAAACCAGUGGAAGCACGAGGCGACUGUGGGCACAGACGAUAACAAAGAUAUAAAAAUCGAUUUUAAAGUCUCUGAUUCACAGGAAAACAAACUGAGUCGAUGUUCUGUUUGAGGAUUUUUACAUGGAAAUCUAUUUUCAAGCCUAUUAAAGUAAUGUACAGUUGGGGGCUUUGCUUUCUUCA